AUGUCCAAUCAACAUGAUAUUAAAAAAAGUUUUAAACCAGACGGUAUAAAAAUCACAGACGCUUAUCAAGAAUCCCACGCUCAUAAAAAGACGCUUCAUGAUGACGUUAAAGGAACACCCAAUACCAGCUUAAUGGAAUCUCCUCGUCAAAACGAAAAGCAUUUCAUGGACCUUAAUGCAAAUAAGUUUUUCUCACCUCCCAUUGAUCCAUUAUCAUCACUAGCUUUGCCUAAAGAAUCUAAUUCUUCAGAAAUGAAAUCAAAUCCUGCAUCAACGCCUUCAAAUGAUAAUGAAAGUCAUUUAUCUCAAAUAAAUGAAACUGAAGCGUAUCACACCAAAUUAAUUGAUCCACAAACACAUUUUGUUCAUAGAUUUAAUAGUAUUGAUGACGCAUCUCAAAAGGAACAAAAUACAAUAACCGACAAAAUGAAUUUUUCUGAAAAAGAGCCACAUUCAUUACCAUUUGCCCAAAAAUUUUCUAAACAAACAACAUUAUCAAUUAAUUCUUGUCAUAAUAUUUAUACAUCCCAGAUCCGACCGUUUCAUUCCUAUGCUUUUGAUGAAUCGUCUUUUUCUUCGAUCGAUCAAUUUCGACUACCACGUAAAGGGUUGAAGACAUCAUUAAUGUCACAGUCUAGUGAGUCUUCUUCUUGUGAUCUUAUAAAAAACUACCCAUACACAAAGUUUCUUCUAGAAGAUUUACAUAAUUAUACAGCAACUUUAGAUUGGCAUCAUGUCUACCUUUAUUUAUCCUCAAAACGGGGCUUGGAAAAAAAUACAGCAUGA